AUGGUUAAAAGGCGCAACAACCAACUACCAAAUAAUCUCUCACAGCUUCAGAAUCUGAUUAAGAGGGAUACAGUUUCAUACAAAGAAGAGGUAAUUUCAUGCACUCGACGUGACACAACUUUGGAAACGGCAGUUAAUGUGAAAGCUUAUAAACGUACAAAACGUCAAGGAUUGCGUGAAGCUCGUGCUACUGAAAAAUUGGAAAAACAGCAGAAGUUGGAAGCAGAGAGGAAACGAAGACAGAAACAUCAGGAAUAUUUAAGCACCAUUCUUCAACACUGCAAAGAUUUUAAAGAAUACCAUCGUAACAAUCUUGCCAAAGUUGGUCGUAUAAAUAAAGCAAUAAUGAAUUAUCAUGCAAAUGCUGAGAGAGAACAAAAGAAAGAACAGGAACGCAUUGAGAAAGAACGAAUGCGUCGACUAAUGGCAGAGGAUGAAGAGGGUUACAGAAAAUUAAUUGAUCAAAAGAAAGACAAGAGAUUAGCCUUCCUACUUUCUCAGACUGACGAAUACAUUAGCAAUUUAACUGAAAUGGUUAAACAACACAAAAUGGAACAGAAACGAAAACAGCAAGAAGAAAUGAAGAAAAAAAAGAAGAAGAAGCGUUUGAAGGUGAAUGCUGAUGGGGAAAUCAUAGAAGGUGCUGAGGAUGAUAAUUCACAAAUGUCAGACAUGCACGUCACUGUUAUUGAACCUUCAACAGGUAAACAGCUAUCAGGAGAAGAUGCUCCUCUAGCCAGUCAAUUAAAUGAAUGGCUUGAAGCUCAUCCAGGAUGGGUUGUAGUUGAAGAAGAUUCAGACGAGGAGGAUGAGGAUUCUGAUGAAGAUGAUGAGGGAGGAGAAAGAAAAAAAUCUGAUAAAAGAGAAGGUCAAGGAGAAGCAAAAGAGGUUAUAAAAAAAGCAAAGGUAGAAGACGAUGAAUACAAAACUACCACUGAAGAGCACACAUACUACAGCAUAGCUCAUACAAUACAUGAGAUAGUUACGGAACAAGCCACCAUUAUGAUUAACGGCAAAUUAAAGGAAUAUCAGAUAAAGGGAUUAGAAUGGCUUGUGUCACUUUUCAACAACAACCUCAAUGGCAUUCUGGCUGACGAAAUGGGUUUAGGUAAAACCAUCCAAACAAUUGGACUAAUUACCUACCUCAUGGAAAAGAAGAAAGUUAAUGGGCCAUUCUUAAUAAUUGUCCCAUUGUCUACUCUUUCAAAUUGGGUUCUGGAAUUUGAAAAAUGGGCACCAUCAGUUCAUGUGGUUGCAUAUAAAGGAUCCCCAGGUAUGAGGCGAACUCUGCAAGGCCAGAUGAGGGCGACCAAGUUCAAUGUACUGUUGACCACAUACGAGUAUGUUAUCAAGGACAAAGCUGUUUUGGCGAAGUUGCACUGGAAGUACAUGAUCAUUGAUGAAGGUCACCGUAUGAAGAACCAUCACUGCAAGUUAACUCAAGUACUGAACACCCACUACACAGCCCCUCACCGGCUCCUCCUCACCGGUACUCCUCUGCAGAACAAACUCCCAGAAUUGUGGGCUCUCCUCAACUUUCUACUGCCCAGCAUAUUUAAAUCAUGUAGCACGUUUGAGCAAUGGUUCAACGCUCCAUUUGCUACUACUGGGGAAAAGGUGGAGUUGAAUGAAGAAGAAACUAUUUUGAUCAUUCGUCGUCUACACAAGGUUCUUCGACCUUUCUUACUUAGAAGGCUGAAAAAAGAAGUAGAAUCUCAACUACCUGAUAAAGUGGAGUAUAUUGUCAAAUGUGAUAUGUCUGGUCUACAGCGAGUCUUAUACAGGCACAUGCAGAGCAAAGGAGUUCUUUUGACAGAUGGAUCAGAGAAGGGGAAGCAAGGCAAGGGUGGAGCAAAGGCAUUAAUGAACACCAUUGUGCAAUUACGUAAACUGUGCAAUCAUCCUUUUAUGUUUCAACAUAUUGAAGAGAAGUAUUGUGAUCAUAUUGGUAGUCAAAAUGGAGUUGUUUCCGGGCCUGAUCUUUAUAGAGUAUCUGGAAAAUUUGAACUUUUGGAUCGAAUCCUCCCGAAACUGAAAAACACUAGCCAUAGAGUUUUAUUGUUUUGUCAAAUGACCCAGUUAAUGACAAUCAUGGAAGACUAUUUAGGUUGGAGAGGUUUCACUUACCUUCGUCUUGACGGAACUACAAAAGCUGAGGACAGGGGUGAUUUGUUAAGGAAGUUUAACAGCCCAGACAGUGACUUCUUCAUCUUCUUGCUAAGUACCAGAGCUGGAGGUCUUGGUCUUAACUUACAAGCUGCAGAUACUGUCAUUAUAUUUGACUCAGAUUGGAAUCCCCACCAGGAUCUGCAAGCACAAGAUCGUGCCCAUCGUAUCGGCCAACAAAACGAGGUUAGAGUACUGCGACUGAUGACAGUCAACUCUGUGGAGGAGAGGAUUCUGGCUGCAGCACGCUACAAGCUUAAUAUGGAUGAGAAAGUGAUCCAGGCCGGUAUGUUUGACCAGAAAUCAACAGGGUCUGAGCGUCAGCAAUUCCUCCAGACUAUCCUGCACCAGGAUGACGCUGAUGAUGAGGAAAAUGAAGUUCCAGAUGAUGAGACGGUGAAUCAAAUGAUUGCUCGAAGUGAAGCAGAAUUUGAGAUAUUCCAGAGGAUGGAUUUAGAGCGCCGCAGAGAAGAAGCUAAGUUUGGCACUAACCGAAAGUCACGCCUAAUCGAAGAGGCAGAACUUCCUGAUUGGCUAGUUAAAGAUGAUGAUGAGGUUGAACGAUGGACUUAUGAAGAAGAACCAGAAGUGCAAAUGGGUCGUGGUUCUCGGCAGCGGAAAGAAGUUGACUAUACAGAUAGUCUUACUGAAAAGGAGUGGUUAAAGGCAAUCGAUGAUGGUUUGGAAGAAUAUGAAGAGGAAGAAGAGGAAGAGAUCAAAUCAAGCAAGAAAACUCGUAAAAGACGCAGAAGAGGGGUUGAUGAUGAGGAUGAUGAACCCAGCAGCAGCAGCAAAAGACGAAGAGGAGGAGACAAAAAUUCGGGCGAUGCUAAGCUCAAGAGGCAAAUGAAAAAACUUAUGAAUGUUGUCAUCAAAUAUACUGACAGUGAUUCUCGAGUACUCAGUGACCCUUUCAUGAAACUUCCUUCACGUAAAGAGUUGCCAGAUUAUUAUGAAGUUAUAAAGAAACCAAUGGAUAUUAAAAAAAUUAUGACACGCAUAGAAGAAAGCAAGUACAUAGAUUUUGAUGAUUUGGAACGUGACUUCAUGCAGUUGUGUAAGAAUGCUCAGCUGUACAAUGAAGAAGCAUCCCUGAUCCAUGAAGACUCUAUUGUGCUGCAGUCAGUAUUCACAAAUGCUAGGCAGCGUCUCAGCCAGGAACCAGAGUCAGAUGACGAGGAAGAUAGUAAAGGAGGAAAUGAGGAUGGAACUUUGUCAGAUGGAGACUCUUCAGUCAAAGUUAAACUAAAACUGAAGUCAAGUAAAGGCAGCAGCAGCCGUAGUUCUUCAGGGAGAAGAAAACGUAGUAAAAAAUACAUUAGUGACGAAGAGGAUGAGUUGGAGAGUGUACCAAGUUAAAAAUGUAUUGAUGAUAAACUAUUUGAUUGGUACUAUGAAAGUGAAUAUGUUUCCUUAAUUAUUAUUGUUUUAAUGUGAUUGGCUUGUUUUAGAUUACUUUUUCUUCAAUAUUUAUCAUAUUGACCCGUAUUUUAGUCAGUGAAACAGAUGUAUUAAAAAUAUUAUCAAAAUAUUUGUAUUUUUUAUGUUAGAGUAACCUACUUAAAUUAUAGAAUUUUUAUUUUUA